CUUAUAGUUCUAAUAAUGCAAGGUGUGGCGAGGGUUCCAGCAAAGGAGCGCGGUGACUAACGAACACAAUAAUUCUCAACAAAGUUGCUCGAAGAGGUAGAUUUGCACGCGACUUAUUUCCAGAGCCCACCAUGUCGGUAGACAAACAAGAGUAUCACAGGGCGUCCAAUGCUGUUGUGUUUGGUGGAUUGCUCACAUACGUGGCUGGAGUAUUCUUAGUAAUGGCCUUUACAAGUCCAUAUUGGAUCGAGUCGUAUCAGGAGACAUUCAGCAAUUUCAAGCACAUGGGCCUUUGGGAGUAUUGCUUCGAGCAAUUUCGUUAUCCAUCUUACCAAUUUAACAAACAAUUCGAUGGCUGCCACCACAUCUUCUCGCAAGAGUACUAUGUUAUACGGGAGUGGCUAUUACCUGUGUGGCUCAUGAUCGUGCAGGCAUUCGUCACAUUGGCUUUGUUGUUGUCUUUCUUUGCGCAGAUCACAGUAGUCAUGAUUCUAAUUCGUUGGCCAUUGGCACUCGUUCUGCGUUACGAAUGGGUAUUCUCAUCCGCCGCUUUCUUGUGUGACGCAGUUGCUGGUGGUUUACUCUUCCUGGCGGUGUCGAUAUUCGGCGGACAGUGCUGGCGUCGCGACUGGUUGAUGUAUCCAAACUUCAAUCAUCUAUCGUGGUCGUACGGUCUUGCGGUAAUAUCGUUCAUGCUUCACACAUUCGGCGCGUUCUUCCUGUACCUAGACGCGCGAACGGGCUAUAGGCUGCGCAAGGAGUCGCGCAACCUCGUUAUGCAGAUGCAACCAAACCCGCAGUCCCAUCAUGGGCCGCCGGCACGUGGCGGAUAUAUCUAAAUCAGAAUCGCAUCUUUCUGCGGAAUCAAGGCGACACUGUCGAGUCGUUUUUCCGUGCGGAAGUUUCAGCUUUAUCGAACGAGCAAGAGAUAUCGACUCUCUCGAGGUACGAGUAUAAGUACAAGUUUGUACGAUCCGUCCCAUUUGAUCUUGUAACAUUUCUAUGCCUGUAGAGCUUUACGAAGACGACAUGAUGAUCGAGGAUUCGACCGAUCGAUCGCAAUUGAACAUGCAUUAUUGAGAUUUUUUUUUUCUCUCUAUACUGUUCCGAUGCGUUUCUUUCUUUGUUACCUUUCAGAUUUACCUACGCUAAACGUCUACUAUCCGUCCAUAUUGUUUCAAGUUCAAGUAUUUAGAUCAUACACACGCGCGCGCGUGCGACCGUGAUUUGUACA